AUGGAUAACGAAGUUCCUCUCCCCCGCCACGACGUUUCGGUCGCAUCAUCCUUUCGCAAGUCGCGCCGACUGUCGCGUUUCGAUGACCGCUCGAGUCAACCUUCCAGUGACCCGGCGCUCUUUUCUAGUGAUGAUAUUCCUGCCUCUGGACUAGAGAAUUAUAAUGCGCCGGUAUCUGGCGCGGGGGGCCGCAAGCGCCGAUAUCGAGGAACCUGGUGGGGAGAGCAAGUUCAGGAUCCGAAGCGGAAGAGGGCUGAUUUCAAGGAGAAACGCAAUGUGGACAGUGGUGUCUGGAUGGGUAGUGAUGAGUCUGUCGCCGAGUCUCUUUUGACCUCCGAAGAUUCGCCAGCUUGGGGAGAGGAUCUCUUGAAGACGGUGUUGGAUCCUCGGGCACCAGGAAGAGCUCCUACUGACCUGCCUUUCUCAAGAGGUCCGGUACCAAUCCCUGCGCCGCCGCGGCAAAUUGUCGUGAAUGGAAAUGAAGAAUCAGAAGAGCAUCGAUUUGUGAGAAAAGUGGUCAAUGACUGUCUUGAAAAGGGCGAGGAGAGUAUCGACCUGGGAAACUUUAACAUGAGGACUAUUCCCAUAGAUAUGCUUCAAUCGCUUCAGCAUUUGACGAAGCUCCCCUCCCUGCGAGAACCUCCGAUAUCAGAGAAUGCUUACUUCUCGCUUCGGCCUUUUCUGCGCAUAUAUCUUCCUAAUAAUUCCCUUGCCACGCUUCCCAGAGAGCUCUUUGAGCUGAAGGAUCUCAGGGUACUUAGCUUGCGCAAUAACAAGCUCACAUCCAUUCCCUGCACAAUUCGGGAUCUCACCGCACUCCAAGUUCUGAACCUCUCCGUCAAUCGGCUCUCUCAUCUCCCGUGGGAGCUGCUGGUUCUUCUUCAACAGGGAGAGCUAAAACACUUUACUCCACGCCCGAAUCCCUUCCUUUCAAUUGAAGAUGCCGAUAUUGUCGAGUGGCAUUGUAAAUCUGGCGAAAGCCAGAACGAAAAGAACGACGACAAUUAUGACGAUGACGACGAUAAAGACGAUGAAAAGCUUCCGCAAAGUCAAGCUACCUUCACAGAAUAUGAGGGUACUCCACCCGAUGAUGCCUGGACCGCUAUCCACGUAGCAACGGGUCCAACAACCUUGUACAAUAUGGAUGGCAAGCCUAUCGGAAAUACCCCAUCCUCCAGGCUAGCAAAAGCACAACAGACACCACCGACAAAUGCUCCAUCUUUACGCGAAUUAUCUCUUCGAGCCCUAUGGAAACUCCCUGGCCUCGAUUUCAUCACGGAGGAGGAAAAGCUCGAAUUUCCAUCACUUUUGAUUCCGUUGCUCAGUCUAGUACAAGGCGUUCGUGCAGACGGAGGGUGGUAUUGUUCAGUGUGUCAGCGGGAGUUUGUGAGUCGUCGUGCGGAAUGGAUAGAGUGGUGGGAUUGCACUCCCCACGAGAAUGGCAUGAAACGACCGAGGGCUUCUGGAGAGAAGAUGCGUCCAUUGCCAUUCAAACGAUAUGGUUGCAGCUGGGCCUGCGUGCCAGACUCGCAGCGUGCAGAUUGA